CACUAGCCAGUGCAAUCAGUGCCAGCCAAACGGGCGACAAAGCGGGUUAAUUCAGUGGAAUACAGUGGAUAAGCAGCAGAAACUCCUUGCGAAAUGAAAGUGCUCAUACUUCUUGCGCUGUUGGUCCUUUCGUGCCAAGGACAACACCACCAUCCGCACCAGCAUCAAAGUGUAAAUAAUAUUCCGCGCGAUGACAAGCCGGAUCACCAUCGCCACGAAGAUCACCGAGAAACCAGCACCUGGAUACCCAUAAUCAAGUACAACAAGGAGCAGAGCGAGGAUGGAAGCUACAAGACGGAGUACGAGACGGGCAAUAGCAUCGUUCACGAGGAGACGGGUUUCCUCAAGGACUUCGACACGAAUCCGAAUGGUGUGUUGGUCCAGCAUGGCCAGUACUCGUACCAAUCUCCUGAGGGAACUCUGGUGAAUGUGCAAUACACGGCCGACGAGAAUGGCUUCCGGGCCACGGGGGAUCAUAUACCCACUCCGCCGGCCAUUCCCGAGGAGAUCCAGAAGGGACUUGACCAGAUCUACGCCGGCAUUAAGUUGCAACAGGAACGCCUGGAGCAGCGGGCCAAGACGGAUCCGGACUUUGCCAGGAAGCUGGAGGAGCGACGGGUGGCCAACCAGAAUGGCCAGUACAUUGGCCUGCUGGAGAACCAGUAGACGAGCUCCGCCCAUCCCAUUCCCCCACCGAACCGAUGAUCCUGGAAACGUGACUCAUUCGCAUUCUAUAUCAACAACAACAAGACUGUGAUUUCACUCUGCAAGUUAUUCCAAAUCGCUGUACCACUCUGAUUGAUAAAACUUUAAUAACUCCCUUAAUUUUCAAUUAAGUUCCAUACACAAACA